AGGAAGAAAGGAACAGCAGCAGCUUCAACAUCGUUUCGACUUGAUCGAGCCUUGCACUUUCCAAAGAACAUCUCCUUAAACCUCAACACCAUUCGCUAUGCCCGCCAAAAGCAGCAAGAGAAACGUUGCUGUUGCGUCGGAGGAGGGGGAGGGGGAGACGAACAGGGCGGUGGCACCACGCCACCGUCUUGAGUACAGGCGUCCGUGGAACAUCUUCUACCCCGUUGCCGCAAUGUUUUUGUUGCUCAAUUACCUCGCGUUUGGUACAACGACCGACGAGUCAGGUACAACGCGUCUGUUGCCGGAGUACGUCGCCGCUGGAAAGGCGUCGUCGCGGUCCGCCAUCUUCACCGCGCUGCUGUUCUUUGAGGAACGCGUGAUGGGCUUCUUGUUCCAGCUUGGUCUGCGAUGGUUCCAGAGUUUGUUCGGUAUCCAAGUCGUCUGCAUCGUUGGCUGGUUGAUCCACUUCUUUGAGCUGGGCAUGUGCACUCGUAUAUGUAUCUCCUGCAACGCAACGCCUGGUACGACGGCCUUGUACAUGCUGUGCACGACCAUGGCUGGCUUUGCGCAGCUCGUGCCGCUGACCGCGGCGCGGAAUGCCUGGGUAUCGAAGACGAAGAGCGCAGGGGAGGCGGCGAGUGGCCCCGCCGCGCAGGGGUCAAAGAAGAAAAAGUGA